CUGAGGGCGUGCGAUACUACUGGAGCAUUUACCGGUGGAGGAUACAGACACACUGGUUGGUUGGGGACCGAGAGAGCCGCUGCCUGACUUUCUCCAGUCGUUCUAAGCUUGGAUCAAGAGGUAAACACUCACACAGACUGAGGAAGGCAACAGAGAUCUGGUAAAGAAGGGGCGGCUACAUGCACAGUUGUGUUUGUCUGUAGAAGACCAGAGUAUCAGAAGGAACCAUGAAUUUUGUGAUGAAGCAAGCCUUAGGUGGGGCCACUAAAGACAUGGGGAAAAUGUUAGGCGGAGAGGAGGAGAAGGAUCCAGAGGCCGCAAAGAAGAAGAAGGAGGAAGAGGAGGAGAGACAGGAGGCACUGAGACAACAGGAGGAGGAGAGGAAGGAUAAGCACCGGAAAAUGGAGGCAGAAAGAGAAGUCGUACGACAGUCCAUCAGGGACAAGUAUGGCUUGAAGAAGAAGGAGGAGAAGGAGGCGGAGGAGAAGGCAGCCAUGGAGCAGGCCUGUGAGGGGUCUCUGACGCGCGCCAAGAAGGCCAUCCCAGCCGGGUGCGGAGACGAGGAAGACGAGGAUGAGGAGAGCAUUCUGGACACCGUCCUCAAGUUCCUCCCUGGACCUCUAAAGGACAUGUUCAAGAAGUAAUGAACACAUCGACAACAACAACACAUGGUUCGGUCCAGCCAGGGGGAGGGGGAGGAGAGAUCUGGGACUGGGGAUUUGGGUAGAAGGGGUUCUUGCCAAACGGCCAUUCACUGCCUUUACAGAAGUAUUCGUUGUUUUCUUACUCUGACUAGACACAAUGUGGUUAUAUAUCUACCCACAGCUUCUCGUCGGUCUCUCAACUGCCGACUGAGUUUAUGUUUGUUUUUUUCCCCACUUAUCUAACAUUCCAACAUUGGUAUAUAGAUUCACCGCACCAGAUAGAUGCAUUUGGAUUGGUUGGCCAUUGGUAUUAACUGGGGUAAGGAGUUUCUGUCCAGCCAUGCAUUAGAGAGCAGGGUUCAAUCUACCGUACCAAUGGACACUUCAAUGGGCAUUCCUGCUCAUGUGGUUGAAAAGCACUGCCAACACGUAUCUGAAGAUGGAGCGCUUUUUCUUUUUUUAAUUCACUGGCUUUUUCUAUUUUUAUAGUAAGUAAGCUACUGUAACUGUAUGGGAAGGGGAUAUUCUAUUCUGGGUCUUUUUGAGAUCAGCAGUUUAGUUAGUUUAGACUGUGCCUUCGUAGGACUGAGGGUCUCGUUGAAGUCGUUUGAUGAUAUCAUUUAACUUUGUAAUACCGCUGUUUGUCUUCAAAGGAUGGAAACAUGCCACAUUAUGACGUAUGUAUUUAAUGUUAGUCUGGCUGUACGAAUAGAGCUGAUCCAAUGCCUUCUUAAUGCUAUGAAACAACGAAGGCAAGUGGAAUAUUUGAUUUCCCUUUACAUUCCUGACUAAUAAUAAAACAUCUCUCAUUUUCCCAGAUUAAAUAUAGGAGAUUAUCAGCCUGACAGACUGCAUCUUGUGAGAGAAACCAUUUUUGCUCAAACAAAGGUCACCCCGUCAACAUUAAACACUUAGAUUAUCCAUAGAAUACACUAGAUUCACAUCCAACAUUAAACACUCAGAUUAUCCAUAGAAUACACCAGAUUCACAUCCAACAUUAAACACUCAGAUUAUCCAUAGAAUACAACAGAUUCACAUCCAACAUUAAACACUCAGAUUAUCCAUAGAAUACACUAGAUUAAUAUUCAGUGUA